GUGUCCUUCCGCAUGUUUGGAAAGUGUCCGCUCGCCUGAGUAAAUAAGCCAGGAGCCCGGGCGAGGCGUCAGAGUCGACAGCGUGUAAAUACCACGGGUGCAGAAAUGCCACUGCUUCUAUCUGCCGUGUCGCUCCUCUCAGCCUUUCACCUCGGUUAUCUAACUAGGCAGGUGGGCAAGAGCAGGUCAAAACAUGGUAUUAUUCCCCCCGCUGUUAGUGGGGCUCCAGAAUUUGAGAGGACUUUUCGAGCACAUCAAAAUUGUGUGGAGUUCUAUCCUAUAUUCCUUGUGGUUUUGUGGACUGCUGGGUUGCAUGCAAGUGAAGUAUUAGCAGCAGUUCUUGGCUUGGUUUACAUCUAUGCUCGACACAGCUAUUUUUUUGGAUAUCAGGCUUCUUCUAAAGGAAGGCUCAAUGGAUUUUACGCCUCCUUAGUGAUUAUUAUAACACUGGGAACCUUGGCUACAGUUGGUAUUUUCAGUGGAAUCCUGGAUGAAUAUUUUGAUAUCGACUUGAAGAAAAAAAUAUUGAAAUUUUGAAGAGAAACCACUUGAUUUUUUUUUUUUUUGACAUGAAGAUUUUUAACUAUUACUUUGAAAGUAAAUUUAUUUUACUUAAUGUGCUUUUAAAUAUACAAAAAUAAAUCUUACUAAAUUUAAUCCAUGAAGUUUAUUUUGUGGCAGUGUGUUGACAUGAAUUCAUCCUGGAACUGAUUCAAAAUGAGAAGUGUAAAGCCAUUUAGCAUUUUUGCUCCCUUGAUGCAGUGUAUAGUAAAACAUUGAUAGUAUUAUUUUUUUGCUUUAAAACAAAUACCUAUAUUUUAUCUAAACUGAAUUAGAUAAUUUAAAGUUUGAUAUUUUUCUGUAACCAUGAGUUGGAUCAGGUGGGUUUAGGAAUUUUAAGUUAUGUCAUGUUACAUUAUUAAUAAUAACAUUAUUGAAUGGCACAUUUGAAUAUCUGUAUGUUAACAUAACUGUUUUUUCAGUGUCAUGGUUAUUUUAUGUUCUGGUGGUACAGCAUUUGUAAUCCUGUUGAGUUUCUGGUUGGGGUGUUUUUACUUCUUGUCAUGUCAACAUGGAUUUAAAACAUGGACUUUGGUUCCCAUUCAUAGUUCAAAAACUUGAGUUGGGCUGUUUGUUAUUCCUAUAAGGCCUCACUGCAAGUCUCUGUACAACCCACAGUGGACUGGCAUCUCAAUAGACUGGGUGUUCGCUCAUCAAAUUGUAAUGAAUACAUAAAUUCUGAGAAUGUAAGGAAAAGGUCUUAUGAUCUAACUCGGUCCUGAUGUACAGUUUAUAGAGUAAAGCUUGCAGAAAAGGCAGAGGACAAGUAGUCAUUUAGUCAUUUAUUAUUCAUGCAAUAUUUGUAUUAACGUUGGGAUAACAGAUUUUUUUUUCCCACUUUAUUUUGGUAUUCUUACUGGGUGGCACAGUCAUAAAACGGGUAGCAUGGCACUGCUUGGACACCAGAUUUGUUUCCACCUGUCUAUGUGGAGUUAGCAUGUUCUGUUUGUGCCCACUGUUCACAGAAAAGCUAUUGGGUAGAUUGGUGAGACCAAAUUGGUUAUUAUUAGGAACUGAUGUACUGCUACAGCUGUUUCCUUUCUUGCUCCUAAUACUGUCAAGAUGGUUUUUGGCGCAUUGUAUUAAUGUAGCAGAAAGCUUGUAUGGAACUGGAUCAUUAGACAGUAUUUUUGCUUAAAUACCAAAAAUAUUGUGUUAUUAUGUUAAUCAGUUUUCACAUCAGCUAACCAAAACGGUUUGAAUAUGAACUUGGAAAGGGUGUCUGGUGCAUUGUAAGUGGCCAAAGAUUACCUUCUGCAUACUAAAACUUGUCUGACAAAUUUCUAACAUUUGUACAUGUCUUGUUUAAGAACUGAGUCAACAGAUUGCAUAAAACUGUAAAAUCAACUCAAUGACAACUUUUACCAGAAUCCGUCUGCUUCAGAAGAUACAGUUAAUAAUAGCUGUAGCUAUAAAACUUUUGAUCAUCUUUAUAUAGCACCAUUUACAAUGAUUCUGUCAUGGCAGAUGUAACGAUUCAAUUCAAUGAUCCUGGGAUAAGAAAUAAGUGAAUAACAAUAAUAAAUAUCACAUAUGCAGUAUGUGAUGGCCAUACAUUGAUGUCCAUUUCUUGAGAGCCUCCUGAAAAGCAGCUUAACAUGCUAUCUGCUGCAACAUGAAUUCACUACUUGUAGGCCCAUGCUGGCUUGGUCAGGCUUGAAAAGUAAAAGGUGCACAGCACCCUCGCUAUGGGGUCCGGCUAAGUUAAACUUUCUUCUGAUCAUUUUCAGCGAAGUGGGAUCUUAAGAGCCCUCUUUAAACUUUGCUCAUCCAUUACAGAGAACAAAUCAUCCAGUCUUUCCCGUUGAUGGUUAUGUCCAUUGUUUUUGUAGAUUCUUUCUAGAUAUGAAUUGAUAACAAUCUUAUUUUGCCCAUCCCAAAAUUAUAUUGACAAUUACUUGCUGUCCAGUCCCUGAUAACUCUGUUUAAACUUCUUUGUUCUUGAUUCCAGGUUUGUUGUCCAUCUUGAAUAUUUGAAGAGUUUAGGACAUUCAGGUAUUUUGAUAUCUUGUUAUCCAACACAUGUGAUCCACCUUAAAGAAAAUCUUGCUAAAGUAAUCCCAAAAAUGACCAGCAGAUGGUGUAGGAAAAGAAGUUUAAGAAUUCUGCUCCAUUGCUUAUGUCAGACUUUGCUCAGUUUGCUGUGAGAUUUCACACAUACUUCUUUGAAUUCACUGCCAUGGGCCUUUGUGACAGUUUUUUUUUUUUUGAUCUUGAUUAUAUUGUCUGUUUCACGCCAUAACUGGUGUCACACAGUGAUGUUUUUCAAGGCUCCUAUUUGUUGUGUAAACCACCUUGAAAGUGAAAGCCGUGAUUUUUUUUCCCUCACUCAGACAGCUGCAGACAUGGUUUACAAAUGAACACUUCCAACUUGGGAUCUUGUUAAGCUUCGCAUGAUGAAGCAGAAACUUUGCUGGUAGUGCCUUAGUCUUAGUUUUAACAUCAAGUACCCUUGUAAAAGUAUUGCAUUUGUUUUCUUUUUUUCUUUAAUUAACAUAAAUGAAUACAAAUAUAUGGUGAACAUGCCUAAAUUGUGUUUACAUUAUGUUAAUGUUUGAUGGUUAGGCAAUUGGAAUUAGUGACCAAACACCUAAAGUAGAAAUUAAAUAGGGGGUAGAGUCAGUUCCCAGGAAUUACUUUCUAGUCAGGCUAGAACAAAUGGAGGUCACAGUCUUAUCUCUGACACUGGAAUCUUCAGAUGGUACAGAGAUUGAGAACUUAAUCUGGUUAGGCAAGACAAACUGCACUGAGGAAUGUUUGUCUAUGAGAACAGAGAGACCAAGAAAAGGAUUUAGAGAUGGUUGGAGAAGAAAUUCAAAGUUAUCAAAAACACAAGAAUUGGAGAGAAACACAAUCAGAAUAGUAUAAGUAGGAAUGAUUUAAAAUGAGGAUCGUGAAGUGCUCAGACGGCGGGUUAAAAUUUAGAGCUAAAUACCUGAACCAGGCCCAUUAGACAAUUGUCAAUCCUCAGGAACGGCACAAGUUGCCUGGCCAAUGCCAACCCUCAUCAUGGUUUUCUUCCUUUGGAUAAGCGUUGUUCUUUCUGGGUAAGAGCCAUUUGCUGGUUAGUUAAGUUAUAAAUGUUUGCCUAAA